AAAUAGUUCCAGCUACCGACGCGGAGGGAGUUUCGAAAUAUCCAACGAUUAGCGACGGUAUACCAAGUAAUACCAUAGUUAUAUUGACAUUUCCGAGACCAAACAUUGGGAUCUCGAUGAACCUUUAUACAGUCUAUGCGAUGAACCCUUCCUGAAUGCAAAACCAAAAGGAAGAACGGACGCUGUCUUUUAAACAUGGAGCUAAAGUUGGAGGUUGUUUUGUCAUCCAGCAUCAAACGGAAGAAACCAUGGCCGCGAUUCUGUUGGCUUGGGAAGGAGAAGGAGUCUGUGUUCCUGUUAGAUGACAGACGGAUCAGUGAGAUCAACAUGGUGUCUGGCCGCACCAAAAAGAGGACUCCUAAACUCCAUUCUUUGCUCAACAGUGUGGUGACAAUGGCCUCAUCCCACAAUGGAAUGUGGCUUUGUGGGCUUUUGGUGUCAGGAGAGCUGUUUUUGUGGAACAGGGAUAAAGAUUUGUUGAAGACUGCUGCAUCAGUCCCAGAGGUCAUUCAGAUAACCAAAGACAUUCAAGGGAAUGCCACACGACUGUCACUCCAAGUUUCAGGGGAUGGGAUGCGUGUGCUCCUGGUAGGCAUAACAGGGCAAGUGUUCCUGUGGGAGUGUAUAGAUGUCAGAGAUUUGACAGGGGUGCGAGAUGGCACGGUCAAGGGACACUGGGCACUUAUACAGCCCCUUGAAGACUCCAUUCUGCCUACCUUACAAGACAAAGAAGCAUCCCAACACACUAUCUUUGUCAAGACAGAGGUUAUGGGUGAUGCCUGCUUAUCAGCUUUUGUUUUCACAUCUGGGAAAGAGCUAAUCAUCACCUGCCUGAAAAUUCAAUGGGAAGAAGGACAUGCAAGAGUCGGUUCUGUGGCAUACAGCAUACAGUGGGCCACCAAGACAUACCCCAUGUCUCAUCUGACCCCACCCUGCCAACCAGUAAAGUCCAGAGGGGCCAUGGUGCUAGCCUUCUCCCCAGAUGGCUGUCUGUUAGCCAUCAUCCUGAAUCAGAGACAGCCCAAGGCCACACAAGUCCUCUUCGUGAGCACGCAGAAUUUUGUCUCAAUAUCAAGUGGUCUUGGAGGAUGUGGAAGUAAGAAAAUGGAAAUCCCCUCUAAAUACAUAAGGUCCUACUGGGUGAGCAGUGUGAGCUGGUCACCAGGCGGUCUUUUCCUGGCAUGUGUUCUAAAGAGAGGCUCCCUUCUUAUGUUAGCUCGCCUUGGAGGGCUUCUCACGCUAACAAGCUGUGGUUGCAAUAUUGACUUUGGGCCUGCACACUUCCUACCUCUGCACCCUCUUGUCACUUACAGGGCACCCAUGUCUGCAGGGAAAGCAGAGCCCUCUCUGUCCAGCUCUAGCUUGUCUUUACGAGAUGUCUUAAGGCAGCGGUAUUCUGUGACCUGGCAUCCACGGCUGUUGUACUUCAUUGUGUCUGAUGGCUACAUGGCAACAGUUAUGAGGGUGUUAGAUAGGCCUUCUCCUGCCCUGCUGCUGAAAACACUUCUAAAUGACACAAGCAAGGACCUUGAGAAGGCCAGCCGGAUACUUGAUAAGUCACAGAUUCAUGUGAGGGCAUGGCUGGAGUCCAUAUCCUGCUUAAAUCUUGACAGCUGUGGACCCAACACUGCAGACUCUGUCAUUACGCCAACCACAGAUGGAUCCACUCUGCCACUUUUCUUGCAGGAUCAGGGGACAUUAGGUGGUACAAGGGAACUUCUUGAAAAAGUACAGACUUUCUUUGACGAUGACUCCGAUGUAGACGGACCUCCUGUUGGAUCUCAUAUGGAGGAUGGCGGGCGUCUCGAAUUUGCCUCAAUGUUUGACACGCUCCACGCCCUGGACACACAAACUGACACUGUUACAAGCCCAGAUUAUGAAAAGCACUUUGUUGAAACAGAGAGGAAGACUCGUCUUCCUCAGCGUGAACUUGGUCAAAUCCAGACUAAGCUGUUAACAGCUUGGGCUCUUGGCAUGUCUCUAGGAAAUACUGUGGAAAACAGAACUCAUCUGCUGAAGCAUACCCUUUACUGUGUGGUUCGAUUGGCUGCUUUACUUCAUUUGAUGCCCCGCUCUGUGACCACAGGAAAAAAGAAUACUUCAGUCUCUGCUUGCCUUCUGCACCUCCUUAAAUCCCUUCUGUCUUUUCUUCCCUGGGAUAACACUCACUCGGAUGGGCCCUGCUGUCUGGGGCUGGUGGUGGAGCUCAGUAUGCGCCUGAUACGUCUCCUGCUGACCCCUCACCCUGACUCCCACCACACUGGCCACUGUCAGUUAUCUUCUCACAGUUUAUCCACAGUCCUGCAUAUCUUGGAGCUGGUCUCUAAGUCUCUUGAUCACACCUACAGCCUACAGCAAAAAACUGUCCGGUCCUCUGCACAUGAGGAAUCUCUCUGUCAGCCACUACAGCCCUGGCCUUCAGAUGCACACUAUGUGCCUCUCUUACAGGAUGACAAGGAAGAGAAGUCCAGUUUUGUACAUCAGGCACUACCUAUUCCCCAGCGACCAUCCAGCAGAUUGUUGGGAGUGUGGCAGUGGGUCUACAGAAUCACCCAGCAGUAUAUGGUGGAACUAAAAAACUUUAAAGGCUGUGAUGGCUGGAAGGAGGAACAGCAACGAUUGUCUGUCAUCAUGUCACAGAUCCAAACAGCUCUGCAGGCUACAGGAGAAAGGCUAGAGGAGGGUCCUGCACUACUGAGUUACCCAGGUGAACAUCUUUUCCUGUGUGGCUCGUACCUCAAAAGUGCAGAUUCAUGGCGGUCGCAAAUCUGUGAGGAGAGUAACAAAGGCUGCGAUCGUAGCGUCUUCAAGCAGACACGGCAUUGUCUGGCACUCCUAUACAGUCUGCUCUCCCAGUACCGUCUGAGAGAAGCACAGGAGUUGGGGGACCACAUGUCCCGCUUAAUCCUGCACAGGGCUGGACACCAGAGGGACAACAUUACUUGCGUAACAGAUUCUCCUCCUUGCAUGUGGCUGCCGAUGGAUCUUCACAAUGAUGCAGCUUGUGCCGUGGUUCAGACCCUGGGGAGAUUCAUGGCCUCUUAUUUCACCAACCAACCACUCUACAUCCUACCCCCUCACCAUGUGGCUGUCUUGCCUCCACUACAUCUACCUCAUGCCCCUGACGUUGGGCGCUUGGUGCCACUGUGCCAGGAGGAGGUGGCUAGAGCAGUGCGACAACAGCAGCUGUCAGAAGUAUGGACAGUAGACUACGCCCAGGACCUGCUCCUGCUGGGGGGUCUGCUUCCUGAGACUGCCUGGUUGGCUUAUCAUCUUGGCGACUGGAAGACAGCGGCCUCUCUGAGCCUGGCAUAUACAAAUUACUGCACUGACCACUUUGACUUCACUUGGCUCAGGAGAAGAGAGUUCCACCUCCCAGCAGCUUUAGAACCAGAAAGCAUUUUUCAGGUUGAGUUGGAGUGUCUUCUUGGCAAUAAAUCUGACUCCCAAGACUGCAGAGAUAAAGAUGCUGACAAGAGCUUUGCAGACCCUUCAGAAGGAGAAGACUGGGACUUGUUACAGGUUUCAAUACAGGAGAUUCUGAAGGCUUCAGUCAUGGCUGGAGUCAAUGUUAUGUCUUCCCCUUUGUCUUCCUUGCUGGACACAGCCAAGGACCUGUGUUCUUGCCUGCCCUUGAUGGUGCCCAGUGGACUGUAUCUGCCUUCCCCACCUCUUUAUUGCCCUCAGCCUUCUCCCAACACACAGGACCCAAUAGGGACAAUAGGGCAAUUUGCAGAAGUUGCAUCACGUCACAAAGUGUCCGGAGUUCUCCAAAGAUUAUUGUUACUCCUGAGAUCUGCACGGUGUUGCCAUCCUGCUGCCCAGUGGUACAUCAGUCAUCUGCGCCGUGCCAGACACAUACUGCACAAGAUCAAGAAGAAAUACGCCUAUCCGUCAGCUGCUGAAGAAGAAAAGGCUUUUCCAGAAGGCCUGAUGAGGUUUGUUACCCGUAGUGGAUUCUUCAAACGGGGGCCAAAUAAAGAUGGUCAUCUGGACCCUGACACCAUUCAAACUAUCAUCUGUUUCAGGGAGCUGUGCGGUUUGUGCUGGAUGCUGCACGUCAGGGACCAGCUCUCCAUUUCCUGCAGGAAGUAUCAGGCUGCCAGACAGUAUGAUAGAGAUGAGCAGAUUUCUGAUGGUUCAGAAGUGAGAUCUACCUGUGUUGAUGCUCUGCGCUGGGCUUGUCGGUUCCUGCCUUUCUCUUGCUUCCUCAACGCUGAGGAGAUCCUCCAGGACAUACUGCUCAGCCUUGUGUCUGAACUUCCUCCUCUCUCUUUGGUGGCAGAAACACUGGUACGUGCUUUCCCAGAGGAAGAAGAGUCUGUCAGAGUCCCUCUGCGAGAAAAGUACAACUCACAGCUGCAGAGACUCAGGCGAUGCAAUGUAAUCGAGGGGGAAAAAGAGAAGGUGAAUGAGUUGAUGAUGAUUGUGAUUCAAGACAAAUUCAGGCAGAGGAGAAAACAUCUUGGGCGUGUGACGAGGCACCUGGCCCUCCCUGAGCUCCAUCUGUGGGAGAAAGAGGAUGAGGAGGAGGACAGGGGGAGCAAACAUGGGAUGGCCAUGUUGAAGCAACUCUCAUUUGGUACAAGUCUGAGCACAAGCACCUUAACCGAUUGUGGAUUCCCCCCCGUUUACAGUGAUGGAGACACUGUAGAAAAUACAUCUGAGGCUAUCUCUCCAGAAAUGCAUAGCAGAGCUAUGACAAGGGGGAAAAAAACAAAAAAAGUAAGACACAAAGAACAUGCAAAGAAGACUGCUAAUAAGAUUGAAAGUGUCAUUCAGGAGGAGUCAGGCGAUGCCAAGGAGAAUGAGCAGCCCUCUCUACCAGUGGUUGGCACCUGGGAGUUUGAGCUGGAAGACGAAGAAUAUCUCAAUUUCCUGGAGCUCUUCCUCAGCUACGUGCUAGAGAAGGAUAGUGCUGAUGGAGGGGACUCGGGCAGUGAACUUCCCUUGUUGAAGGGCUUCUCCUCCCAGCUGCGGGACAGAGAGUUGCAUUCUCUCACCUUUGAUGUGCUCACAACUAUUCAUCGACGCCAAAGAGAUGUGCACCAUCCAGCGAGGAAACACUUGGCCAAUGAUCCUCCAGUGUUCAGAGCCGGCUGCUGCUACAAGCCUUUGAAACAAAGUACAACACCUGAUCUGCAAACCUCCUCUGUCUGGAGUGAAGCCCCUGCAUCCAGAACUAGCUUUUCUGUCACCUCUCUCCCUGGGCUGAGAAUUGGCCGGCAGAAAGGUUUGUUUGGCCUCAGACAGCAAAGGCCUUUAAGCCAAAGAAUGAAGGGAGUUAGUUCUGAAACUAGCCCUGUUCGAAGUGCCUUUCCCACAGGACAGCCUUCAGAGAACCUGAUAUUUGGCUCCUCAACUUCUGUGGAGACUGUGAUUGAGCUGCAGCAGGGCCUGGACCCUAAACUAGAGGCUCAGUUUCCAAAACUGGGCAGGCUGCUGGAAUGGAUGGUACGCUGGGCUGAUAGGAGGGUGCUGCUAGGACAUCAUGGCAAAAAGAAGAAAGAGAGGGGAGGAGGGAUUGGAGGAACAGCUGAUGAAGGAGUAGUGAUCCGUGUCAAAGCCUCGGCGCCUGCUGUCCUCACUUCCCUAAGCUUGUUGGAGCACAGGUACACUGCUCUACUCGGGACUGACAGCUACAGUGCCCACAUCCAAGUUCCAGAAACACAAUGGACUGUAGCCCCUGUGCUGCAACCUGAGACGGAUAAGAACCUGGAGAGAGAGAGCAGUGUUGAUACAGGCUACCCAGGAUCAGCCAACACUCCCAUCACUGCUCUGGAUCCCAAUCUACAGCAAGGAGAGCUGUCCAUUGGUUCUCACACAGAUGAACCAGAAGAGCUGACAUUUCACAGGACACCUCUCCCUGUUGACCAGGAUCAACAGACCUUUCAUGCUGAGCAGAAACAGUCCAGUUCACAACAACCAUCUCUAGAUGACUUAGAUGUUACACCUGAAAAAGAAGGCAAAAGUAGUGAGAGUGAAGGUUUGGAAGUGUCGUCCUCUGUUUCCAAUGGCAACAUCUCUGCAAACAUCUGCACUCCUGAAACGAGUUUAAAGCUUGCAGACUUGGACUUCUCAGAAGAAGCUGAAGACAUGUCCAGCUCCACUUCUCUCCACAGUGAUGUUAAAAGCCUGCAAGCCCCGCCACCCCCAGAGCCCCAAGGUCUUCCUACUGUCCAGCCUGAGGCAGUGGUCCAUGCAGAGGCUUCAAGUUCAACAGGAGUGCUGCUCCCCAACACACCUGUGGACCCUCCAAACCUUCAACCACAAAGCUUCACAGCUGGUGCGCCCAAUGCAGAUUCCACAGCGCCCGAUCAGCCAUUAUCCAAUCAGACUCCACCAAUGCGACAGCGUCUGGGUGAAGAUUUAUUCAGAUUGGUUCAGAAUAUCAACUACAUGAGCCUAAUGGAGGUUUUGGGAGCUUCGUUUUCUAACCUGCAGCUUGCUCAGCAGAGCUCUUCAUUGGCCCAGUCUAUCAUGAGCACCUCACACCCUAAUGUGCCAUCAUCUCUUGCUGCUAAUUUUAUUCCUCAACCAAAUGCCUUACCUGUUCAAACCACCACUUCUGUGCCACCUCAGACACAAUCACAUGUGCCAAGUUCAAGAUCCUACAACCCUCAGUACAGUCAGGCCCCUGCAUGCAUGUUUGCAGAUCAGCCUGCCAUCCAGAGCUCAGGGAACCAGCCUCACACAAUCAGCUCCACUGCUGAGGGUGCAGGUUUAAGUUAUCAGGAAAUGCAGCCACUCUCUGUGCAGGCAGUGUCACCAGAAAUCCAGUUUAGUGAAAGUAGAAGGUUAAUCCCACCCUCACAGGGGCUUCUGGCCACUGCUGACACCGGUCAUGCUAUUCAAAGUACCCCUGUGUUACUGCCUUCUAAUGAUAGCAUACAAAGUGAUCCUGCUCCACAGGUCUUAGGCUUGAAGUUACUUCAGCUCCACCGUCCUCCAUUGCCCCAGCAGAGUGUCCCAUACCAUCCCCAAAGCUCCCAGGGCCUCCACACUGCAAACCCUGCAACUAUAGCAUCCCAUCAGCACAAGCUUAAAAACAAUGACCACUCGGUUCCAAAAAGACAACUCAGUUUUAAUCCCCCACAUGAUCCAACGACCAGGAACUCUCAACCCAAGAGUCAGACGUGUGAAAGAUCCAGGGGGCAAGGGUUCUCCCUGCUUCCUCCUGCUAUGCCAGCUCACACACCUGCACCGACGCAGGGCCUUCGUCUGCUGCACAUUGAGCCUGUUCAGCACAGCAACAUCACAUUCCCACAACUACCUCUACCACAUUCCUCCAGGCCUGCUACUGUCAUUGCAGCCCUGAGGGGAGAAACACCAAUGAUCAAGCUUCUACAUUUAGAUUGUGAACCAAAAAUGAGGUUUCCCGUGGCAGCUCCUCCAGCCCAAAUCCCCCGUCUCAUGUCCAUGGAGGAGUUGACAAAUUCAGCAAUCUGGAGGCAGAAUGCUGGAGAGGCUCGACUGCGGAUUCUCACAGUAGAUCCUCCUACUGAAAGCUCUGGAAGAGCUACCACUUCUUCCAGCGCUAACUCCACCAAGAGGCAGAAGAGGAGAGAGGAGAAGGCGGGGAGGGCAACAAAAGCAGAGGUCACAUUCAGACCAAAUGAGUCUAUCAUCCCUACACAAGAGCAGACAAAUGAGCCUGUAAAUGAAGAGCCUGCAGCUGAAGAAAACAUCCCCCCUGGGCAGGAGGUUGCCAAUCUGGCUCAAUUUGGGGCCAUUAAAUCUUUGCUGACUGGUCAGAGAUUGUUGGACAGGGCCGCGUCCACUUCGGCUGAGCUUCAUGCCUAUGCUUCCACAUGUAAAAGACCCCCAGAGUGCCAUGAUGCUUUCACCAACACAGACCCAGCUUCUCCUCCCACUCUUGUGGAUAAAGCGGUGUCUGCCUCUAUGACUGCUCCCAGUCCUAAAUCACAAAGUUCAGAGAAUCUGCAGGUUUGCAACAAGCGCUUUGUGCAAGAAAAAGAAGAAACCCCACAGCAGCCAGAGAGGAAUCUGGGUCUGGGUGGUCGCCAGUUCAUAAGUGUCUUGGAUCUAGAAGACGGAAACCUGCAUCAGGAUUUGCCACCCUGUGUCAACCGAGAAGCACAAAACAUUCCUUCCAUCCUGCCAUCUUCACCUACUUCUGCUCAGCUUCAUUUACUGGCAACUUCGGUUAUUAGGAGUGCUGCUGCUGCUGAUCCACAACCCUCAGUCACAAGUCCAGAGGAUCUCCACUGGAGAUGUCACACAGAUAUCCCAGAGGAGUCACCAUCACUCAGCCACAUUGAGCCCAACAUUGAGGGUCCAGAGAGAAUCACUUUGCAACACGUUGUAGAUCCACCCGACUCUCAAAUCUGUCAAGCCAUAAAGAACCAGGAAGGCAGACCUCACAGUACCUCAUCUGCAACUCCUACAGUCUGGUUCUCUUCUCGCCUAUCAGAGCUGGAUGCUCAGUUAGCUGCUCUACAGAACAUUGCAGACUAUCUGGAGAUGGACUUCUCAAACUCCAGGAUGCUGGUGAACACUAUUGAAAAGCUCACGCCAGUCUUGGCUCCUGACGUGAAAACCACCACGGCAGUAAAGAAAACUGUCAGACUGGCUGUUCCACGUGAAGCACGGUUACCACCGCUGGACACUUCAGCUGAACCAAAUGCCUGGGAAGAGGAAGAAGAAAAUCAGAAUGAAGGCGUGCUUCAUAAUGACUCCUGGGCUCACGAAAGGAAGCCUUUUCGUUAUUCGUCUUACUCCAACAGUCACAACGCUGGUCCUUCAUUCCUUCACAGCCCUCAUAGAGUUAAAGAUCAGCUGAGUGAAGCAUCUGGAAUAUCUUCUGUAUGGGCGGAUGAGAAUCUGGGUCAGACUGGGUUAUCCGAUACAGCAGAAAUCUUAGACGAGUUGGUGAGGGAAGGGUAUUUAUCCCCUACUGACCUUGAUCUCUCCAAUGUGCAGGCUGCGCACAGUAGCAGGAUGGACCAGCAGCAAAGAAGUUGGAUAUCACAGAAAGUUGUCCGUUCAGAGGAUGAGAAGAGAGAGCUGAGGAUCUGGAUGAGAAGAAAACAGAGAGAACGACUGGCUGCUUAUCAAAAACACAGAGACAGCUUGAGGGAGAGGGAGCACAAACCUUUUUCUACAUCUGGAAAAAUGAAAUCAACAAACAAGAAUCAAGCCAUUUGGAAAACCAGAGAGGAAAAAGAAAAGUUGAUGCUUCUGGAUCAAUACAACCAGAGGACCCGGGAAGCCUGGUCUUUGGUCAGUGACUUUGCCACAAGUCCUCCGACCCUACACACUUAUACAAGGGCUGAAGGUUCAUCAGUACCCUUAACUACACGACCCACCUCCGCUCCACCCUCUGGGAACACUCACAGGGCUUACAGUGUAUCUGCCAAUGAAAAAAGAAGUCUUAAGUCGGAACAAGCUCAACCCUACUUUCGCCCAUGGACUGCUGAAACGCAGGGGCAGGCUUCAGAGGAUUACCGCAGGAGACUGGGACUACAUAGACCAGUUACCUCUCUACCAGGGGACCGUCUGUCUCAGGUGACCAGACGUGGUAUGCUCACACGCACACACAAGAGCCACAAGACAGAGCCGAACAAAGGCCCUUCGAGAGGGGCUGCUGCAGGGAGAGGGAUCCUGAGGGAGCAGACGAGGAUGGAAGAGAGAGAGGGGGCGAACCUUUGGGAGCCCACUUCGGACCUGAAUAGGCUACUGGAACCAGAGUCUAACAUAGUUUUGGCUGGAGUGCUGGAUGAGCAGGAUAAUGGUGCCACAGCUGGUGUGUCGGGGUUGGACUGGCUGGACAACCUUUCUGAGAGUGGCGGCAGCAGCCUCAGCAGAAUAGACUGGGCAGCUAUCGAGAGGAUGGUGGCUGCAGAGGACGAUUGAGCUUCAGUGUCUCAAGGAAUGAAAAAAAAAAAAAAACUAGAUGAUUUAUUAGUGGAAAACAUAAUAUUUUCUGUGCCUAUUGACAAUACUGUAAUUCAGAAACCUUUUAAGUAUGAUAACAUGAAUUAUAAUUUAGAUAUGUUUACCUAAAUGUAUAUUAUCAGCAGCGAUAUUAAAUACAAGACAUAUUUAUUUUUUAUUGGUAAAGUAGGUACAAUACAUUCUGGGGUUUAAGCAAUUUAAUUGUCUUAUUUCAUUUUCAAUAUUUGUUCCACUGAUAUUGACAGUAAUGUCCUAUUUUAAACAUUUAGGUUUGUGCCAUUUGUGUGUUGUGAGUUUUCUAUAUUUCUAAUUUAUUUUUGUAUUGUUUCAACUAUUAAAUAUAUAGA